AUGGAUCGAUCUCUCUUUCUGCUGCUGCUGCUGCUUGACGGUAAUAGCCCUGUUGGUUGCCGGCUUUCCUGUGGCUCGCAGCGAUGCGCAACCUAUAUCUAUGGCCGCAUGGGCUCCAGAGAUCUCAGACUUCUUAAAAACAUCACAUCUGCAUAUGUCCUGGAGUGCAGUAGAUGCAGGUUGACAGCCCCCACUGCUGGUGAGAUUCAGCCAGCCUCAUUCUCAACUACAUGUUGUCCCAUUCCAAUCGAGUACAGUCCUCAGUCGGAGCACCAGGUAUAUCGCCGUCAUGGCGAUUUCCGUCCCUACGGUGACGAUGAGGACCAUGAUCAUGAGACGCCUAUGACGUUUAGGCGUUUCAUGGGAUUCACCGCAAUGGCUUUCCUCUGGACCGGCAGUCAGAUUCCGGUGUAUCUCUUUGGUGAGCGCGAAGCAUGUGGUAUACCGCCUUAUAUCUACAGAGACAUCGGAGGCACGGAUCGGUGGAUCUGGUUUGUUCUGGCCAAUCUGCUUGCUCUAGCAGGUAUCUGCCCUUUUGUAGGUUCGCUAUCUGACCUGAUCGGCCGUCGCUAUGUUGCCAUAAUCGGGUCGUCUUUGAUCUGCAUCGGUAUGAUCAUCAGCAGCACAGCAAAGACCAUGAAUGUCUUCAUUGGUGGUAUGGCCAUUGCGGGAGCUGGUGCUGGCAUCAAUGAGUUGACCGCUUUGGCCGCAACUUCUGAGAUGGCUCCAACCAGAAAGCGUGGAAAAUAUGUGGCGAUCCUGAUCUUCACCAUUGUGCCGUUCUGCCCCUCCGUUCUAUGGGGUCAACUUAUUUCCUACCACAGCAACUGGCGCUAUGUUGGGGCUCUUGCUGGCGGUUGGAAUGGCCUCGGUUUGUUGAUGACUCUGCUGUUCUAUUUUCCUCCACCUCGAGUCAACUCCCUCGGCCUGUCAAAAGCUGAGAUCAUCUCUCGCAUUGAUUUUGUGGGCGGUUUCUUGAGCAUUGCAGGCUUGGUUAUCUUCUUGGCUGGUCUGCAGUGGGGAGGCUAUCAAUAUGCCUGGAACACCGCCCAUGUACUUGUCCCGCUGAUCAUUGGCUUUUUCCUCAUGGUCGCCUUUGCUCUCUGGGAAGUGUACGGCGCAAAAUACCCGAUCUUUCCUUCGCGUAUCAAGCAGGAGCCUCGAAUCUUGGGACUCACACUGCUCAUUACGUUCAUCUCGGGAGCCAACUUUUUCUCGAUUAUCAUGUUUUGGCCUACCCAGGCAUUCAACGUCUAUGGCCAGGAUCCGGUCGGGGUGGGCCUCCGCAGUCUCCCUGUUGGCUUCGGAAUUCUGACCGGGGCAUUUGUUACACUGUGGCUCCUGAGCCUUCUGAAAGGCCAUAAUAAGGCAUUGAUGAUCGUGAGCAGCUGCCUCAUGACGGCAGGCUGUGGCGCCAUGUCCAUUGCUCGGGUGGACAAUCUCCAUCAACUCUGGGGCAUCCUGAUUGUUGCGUCUCUGGGGAUCGGAGGUAUCGUCGUGCCGGCAUCAAUCAUGACCACCAUUAUUUGUCCUGAUGACCUCAUCGCCACAAUCUCUGCCUUGACGCUAUCCAUCCGCGUCGUCGGCGGCGGCAUCGGCUACACCAUCUACUACAACGUGUUCAUCAACAAAUUCAUCCCGAACGCCAACCACUAUAUUGGCGGUGUGAUGCUGGAGAAGCUCCACAUCACCAACAUGACCUACAUCGCAGGCGCCAUCCAGCUGACCGGCAUCUCCCUCCUGGAGGGGCUGCGCCAGAUCCCCGGGAUAGCAGGCAACGAAGCCGCCUACCAGGCCGUCGUGACAGCGGGCCAGAUCGCCUAUGCGGAGAGUUACAAAUGGGUCUACUACACCAGUAUCGCCUUUGGCGUGCUGUCCAUCUUAGCGGCGUGUGGCCUGGGGAGUAUCGAAAAAUACAUGGACGAGCAUGUUGCAGUGGUGAUACACUGA